CUCCUCUUCAUCUCCGCCUUUCCUAAUCUUCUUCCUGUCUCCAACAACAACACCGAAACCGAAAUUUAAACCAAAUCCGCGAAAUCAAAACGAGAAGCUUUUUUUAGAAACCCACUGGAAAUAUACGUACAGUGAUGCGUCCUUAUGGUUUAACGAUUCCAGGAAGCGAGGCCUCUCGCUUCCACCUCUCCACCACAAUCGCCACCACUCCUACCACCUUGACGUCUAAGCCUAACCCAAUUCUCCGUUUCAAGCCCGUUUCGCAUUUCUCAAGCGCGUCCUUCAAAACAAAAGCUGCUGUGCAAGAAAGGAUCGCCACCACCAUCGAUAUGAGUUUCUAUGAGCUAUUGGGUAUUCCUGAAUCAGGGACUUUGCUCGAUAUAAAACAGGCGUACAAGCAACUAGCAAGGAAGUACCAUCCUGACGUUUCGCCCCCGGAUCGUGUCGAGGAGUAUACUCAGAGAUUUAUUCAGGUUCAAGAGGCCUAUGAGACUCUAUCGGAUCCUAGAAGAAGAGCUCUUUAUGACCGUGACAUGGCUCGAGGUAUUCACCUCGCGUUUUCCGCUAGGAGACGGUACCAAAACGACGAGGAACUGGAAGUCACAGCUGAGUGGAAAAAUCGCUGGGAGUCACAGUUAUCUGAGUUGAAGAGAAGAAGCAUGAAUAAGGAUGCAGAAGGGAACAUGUCAUGGGCAGCUCGAAUGCGCAGACAGCGAGAACAAUCAUCGAAAGAAAUUUAAAUUAGUUUCUUGCUCUCUUAUGAUGUAUAUACAAGCCUUGCUAUUGUUCGCAUGGUUGUUGCACUGAGAUCUAUGGAGAUACUGUCUAGUUAAGCAAUGCAGAACAUGGAAAUUAUAUAUUUGUAUGCAAAACCAGAUAGAUAUCAGAAUCCGGAAAUCAGAAAACUUGUAUAGUUCUUUUGCGGCCAUGUUAAUGAUACUUGCAAGUUGCAAGCAUUUUAUGUACAUAUUUUCUAGAAUGAUAAUUAAUAUCUUUUUUUUUUUUUUUUU